AGUACCUUCGUCUUGCAUGAAGAUAUUACACAAUUUGCAGGCAUGGAAGAAAUUGGGGCUACUGUGGUUGCAGUAUAUAUGAGGUGCUUAUAUGAUCUUUUGAGAGAAGCAAAUAUGUGCAGCAUGGUUGGCUUUAUCGACCCUGCUCAAGUUAGUGCCAACGCUGGGUCACUAACUGACAGAUCACGAAUUGUAGCCAGUCGACUUCAAAAAACAGAUGGUGAACAGAUUUUCAUGAUGCCUUACAAUCCAGGCCGUCAUUGGGUCUUGCUGAUUGUGAGGGCAAAGAGGGAAACCGUCUAUUUUCUGGAUCCUCUGCCUGGAAAUCGUGUGGUUGAUGAGGAGGGCAAAAACAUCGUGAACAGUGCUUUAAAAAUUUAUAAUUCCCACAUAGGCAGACCAGGCCGUAAAGCACCAAUCUGGAAAACUCUGCCAGGCACACCAAAGCAACCCAGCAGUGUCGAAUGCGGGUAUUAUGUGAUGCGCUUCAUGAGGGACAUCAUCAUGGAUCCUUCCUUGGAGUUUGAGAAGAAGUUUGCCAAGGGAAAAGAUCAAGCGCCAUACCCCCAAGCAGCCAUUGAUGAAGUCAGGAAAGAAUGGGCAGAGUUUGUUUGCCUUCAUAUGGAAUAGAGGAUUUUUGGAACACAUGAUAUU